UUGGAAUCACAUCCUUACCCAGAGUCAGAGCUCAGAAUUAGAUCCAUGCCAUUGUGUGUUGCAUUUAAAAAAAAUGAAUUCUCAUUCUUCCUUUUUGUCUCCUAGUUGUUUAUUGUGGCGCUGUCCUUCGCCUAUUUCUCCAAGGCCCUGACAGGGACCUACAUGAAGAGCUCCAUCACUCAGAUCGAGAGACGCUUCGACCUCUCCAGCACGCACAUCGGACUCAUCGAUGGCAGUUUUGAGAUGGGCAACCUGCUGUUCCUCGCUGUGGUCAGCCAUUUUGGUGCCAAGCUGCAUCGGCCCAGACUCAUUGCCAUGGGCUGUGUGCUCAUGGCGGUGGGGGCCUUUCUCACCGGCCUGACCCACUUCUUCAUGGGCAGCUACAAGUAUGACACGGUCAUAAAGCUUUUCCAGAACGACAGUGUAAACAUCGCUGCCUGUGUGGGUCCACUGGAAGAACCUGAAAUUCUAGUAGAACCUUCUUUAGCGGACAAGACAGCCUGUGUGAGGGAGUCGGGCUCCCACAUGUGGAUCUACGUGUUCCUGGGGAACGCUCUGCGGGGCAUUGGAGAAACCCCGGUCACACCUCUUGGCAUCUCCUACAUCGAUGACUUUGCUAAAGCUGAAAACUCUCCAUUCUACAUCGCAUGUCUCCAGACCAUUACUCUCCUGGGCCCCAUGUUCGGUUUCCUCCUGGGCUCCUACUGUGCCAGACUGUAUGUUGACAUUGGAUUUGUUGAUAUGGACAGUGUGACCAUCACUCCUCAAGACGCCCGCUGGGUCGGCGCCUGGUGGAUGGGCUUCAUGGUGUCCUCCGCUCUCCUGCUCGUCUCCAGCGUCCCCUUCUGGUUCCUGCCCCGUUCUCUGCCCGAGCAGGAGGGAGAUGAGGGCCAGCCGGCCAGCUCAACCCCGGCUGGGACAGAUGUCGCGCUCAACAACAACAACAACAACAACCACCACAACCUCAAGUUGACCGAAAUCGCCAAAGGGUUCGUUCCGUCGCUGAAGCGCCUGUUGGGAACUCCUGCUUACUUCUUGCUGCUUUGUGGCAGCGUCCUGAAGUUCAACUCCUUCAUCGGCCUCUUCACCUUCAAAGCCAAAUACAUGGAGCAACAGUUCGGACAGUCUGCAUCCAGGGCCAACUUUCUCAUAGGUGUGUUGAACCUGCCCGUGGUGGCCGUGGGGAUCUUCCUGGGAGGACUGCUGAUGAAGCGCUACAAACUGAGCGUGGUGGCGGGGGCUCAGCUCUCCUUCGCCACCUCCUUCAUGGCCUACCUCCUCCUGCUGCUACAGUUCGGCACCAAGUGUGACAACAUUCCCGUGGCUGGGCUCACCAUUUCAUACAACGGGUCAGACAUGAACUUGUGGAAUGAUAAAGACAACUUCAGGACGCAGAGUGUCUCACACGACAGAGAGAUGCUCUCCUCAGAUUGUAACAGAGACUGCUCGUGUUCGGCAGAGGAGUGGGAUCCUGUGUGCUCAGACAGCGGCAUCACCUACAUCUCUCCGUGUUUGGCUGGCUGCCUCGGCUCCAGUGGAUACGGCAAAAACACAGUUUUUCAGAACUGCAGUUGUGUGUCCGCCUCCUUCCCAGCAGGCAGCAGUACGUCGGUGAAGCUGGGUCGGUGUCCCCAUGCCAAGGACUGCAGCCGCAGCUUCAUCUCCUACAUGGCCGUGUCUGUGCUCAGCUCCUUCAUCAACUCUCUGGGAGCAACACCCGGCUACAUGGUCAUCAUACGAUGCAUCACACCAGAGCUCAAAUCACUUGCUCUGGGUAUUCAAACCUUGGCAACCAGGACUCUUGGUGGAAUUCCUGCACCGAUGUAUUUUGGGGCCCUGAUUGAUUCUACAUGCCUGAAGUGGUCGAUCAAGAAGUGCGGGGGCAGAGGAGCCUGCCGCAUUUAUGACUCUAACAUGUACAGGGUCAUCUUCCUGGGUCUGAUCACUUGUCUCAGUGGCUCCUCAUACAUAUUCAUCAUCGCCGUCAUCAUCCUCCUCAGAAGACAGUUUCGAAAGCCAGAGCGGGAAAUAGAGAGACAGCAAUCGAAAGGGAAGGAAAUCGAACUUAAGACCUCAUCAAGCGCCACUGAGGACCAGCUCACCGCUCCCAAAUGUCACAUCCCAAGAGUUUUGGUGAGGAUGGCGUCAGAGCUGGAAGAGGGAGGGGACGUUCAAAGAACAGAGAGGCUCGCCAAAGAUGGCGGACAGCAAGAGUUCCUCUGCCUGACAGAGGCCACAGUUGAACCCUCUCCUUCUCCUGCUAAUGGAGCAAUGUUAGGGCCUCAGUCCGAGGAGGAGGAAAGCGAGCAGAAAGACGAGGUCUCCACGGAGUCAAAUAUACAAGUUGAUAAAGAGAGCGCAGAGGACAAGGACGAGACACAACAUGGAUAAGAAGCUGAUGGACCACAAGGAUAAGGUGUUCACCAUCAACUGCAUAUGAAAAUGGACGUAGACUCAAGGUACAGAGAGUAAGCCAGCGUGGAAGUCCAGCAUUCUCUCGACUCCACUGGUUGCAAAUAUAAGUCUAUGAGAUAAUGACGUCUCACUUGAUUUGUAACGUCAUUAAACAUUUUCAUAUGGACUUUCUGAUCACAUUCUCUACUUUCAAGUCUUCUUCGACACAGCGUCAUGUUCAUUUUGUAAAUGAUGGUCCCAUUUAGAGUAGACAAUAUAGGACAAUCGGCAUCGGGGCCUGGAUACCAUGUGAUUGAAAGCUCCUAGCGUCCAAUAGGUAAAGGUUGCAGUUGUAGGUGGGCGUGCAGUGUCAAACUUGGCCUCGGCUCUUCAUCGUAAAAUUCCAACAAAAUAAGAUGGAAUGUAUACUUUUUUUCAAGUUCCUUCAUAUCAAGUGUAAGUAAGUAAUUUGUUAAAAGAUGGAAUAGAGCGACAGGAUACAAAUAAAUCUAAUAAUAUAAGAUAAAUGAUACAAACAUAUUGAGAGAGAUGGCAAAAGGUUGUUUGUCUAAUGUCUUUCACUUGUUGCAGGUGGCAUUUAAAAUUAUGUUUAUAUACAUAGAAUAGAGGAUCGCUUUCUUCCAACCAGUUCUGUUACUGAAUACACAUGACUUGUACAAGCUUUCAAAAUACAGUCUCACAAAUGUUAUUCUGGAGGGUUAUGGCACAACUUGAAAUAAUGAAACAUACCACCAGCAACUCUGACCAAAGAGUUUAUCAUAUCCAUGCGUUUCAUUAACGACUGGAAUCUAUUUCCAUUCUGUACUGAACAGACCAAUCCCCUUUACAGACACUGACCACAUGUCUGUUAAUCAAAUCACUGCUAACAUUUGAUCCCUCUUAUGUCCAAAGCUCGAGGAACAGAAAUUCAGCAUCAACGAAUGUGACAAUGUAAACAGAGGCAAUGCUGCCUUGUAAAUGGAGGAGCGUGAAACUAAUAGGGCAGGAGCUGUUCCUCGUGAAGACUCAUUCAGACCAGACUUAUACUUUGUCCUCUGUGGUAAAAAUGGUUUUCUCUCUCUGACAUGAGGCAGUAAAUUAAAGAGUGAUGCAAAAUCUGUUAGUAAAAUAAAUCAAGGCAUGUGACACAGGAUUGAUUUUCCCUUGACUAUAACUUACAGAAAUAGCCUUUUGAGUCCUUUACGUGCCUACGACGGCCUAGUUGUUCACAUCGCCCACUGUAUUAUUUCUCUUUUCCUUUUUCUUUCCACCUUGUCCGACUUGUUAUUCCAAAUUUCUGCACAUUAGCAUUUCUAAAGAUCCUCCUCUUCUUCGCAUCCAAGGAGGUUAAAUAUUUAAUGGGUUUAUAAUAUAUUUUGCCCUGGCAAUUACUGCAUUACUGCAAUGACAUAUUAAGUAUUGUUUGUUAAAUGUCCAUCAGUCGAAAUCUGGUUUGAAAAGACAAAUAUGAGUCUUAGCCAUAGGGGUCUUAACAAAGGUUGGAUUAUUAAGUGUAUCCUUGACUCUGUAUAUGUAAAAGUAAUAGUUGUGUGAUGCUUUAAAUUGCUGCAGACGUCCUUGUGGAGCUUCCAGGAAACACAGGGAGGUGUUGGUUGGACCUUGGUGGUUUUGGGGGUGUUACACAUCCAUUAGGACUGCACUGCAUCUGUUAGCUCAAAGCUGUGGUGAAAACCACCUGCACUUACUAGCAGCCUGUGGUGGCAUUUCCCCCAGGGCGCCAGUGGGAUGAUCUCGAUGGACACAAAUCAUCACGACAUUAAGAAGCAUGGAUUGUUAUGUUAUGAAAGCUACAGUCAUAGUCAUCAAUUUGACAAUUUAAACAGUUCAUCUUCUAUUCACUCCAACCAAAUCCGGGUUUCUGUUGAGAACACAUCAUAUACCAUAUAACAGAGGGUAUUUCUAGCUACACUCAGACUGUAAACAACAGAUAAAGCACCAAACAACCUACUAUCUUCCCAUAAGUGAAGCCAAAGCAUCUUGAUCAGUCCCUGGUGGCUGGUUACAGUAUAGCUCAUAAAUCCUGCAUCCUGCACAAUGUAAUAAUAAAUAUAUAUUAAAAAUGAUAAUUAAUGUUAUGGGGAAAUAUUCAACACUUGAAAUCAAGUUUUCAGGGAAACAAUCGCAAAGAGACGUGUU